CCGAGUCCUGUCACUUCCCGUAUGGAGAUCAGAGAGGUGGGAAUGUAAACAGUGUGAUGAGUGUGUUUCACUCCGGAUUUACGAGGGCUGCCACAGGAACCGCAGCGCUUACAGUGAAUUAACCUUAUGAAGGGGCAGGGUUAAGAGUGCACCAUGCCUAGCUCCCUCCUGUGGGCGGUAGAUGUGUAUGGGAGGGUUUACAGCCUGUCCACAGCAGGGCAGCAGUGGGAGCAGUGCCGCCAUGCCCACCUGGAGUUCAAGCGGGUCUCGGCUGUGCAACAGUGCUGUUGGGGCAUCGCAUGUGACCACCACAUCUACCUGAACGUCCACGCCAGCGACGUCCCCAUCCGGUACCAAGAAGAGACCUACGAGAAUCAGCGAUGGAACCCCGUCGAUGGCUUCUCAGAUCGACUGUUGCCUAGUGACCGUUGGCAAUGGAGCGAUGUGACAGGGCUGCAGCAUCAGCCGCUAGACAGUUUCCAGCUCCCCUCAGAAACAUGGGAGUGGGAAGCUGACUGGUACGUUGAUGAAAACUUUGGAGGAGAACCCACUGAGAAAGGGGGCUGGACGUAUGCUAUUGAUUUUCCGGCCACUUACACCAAAGAUAAGAAGUGGAAUUCCUGUGUACGCCGUCGGCGAUGGAUACGCUACAGAAGAUACAAGUCACAAGACACAUGGGCUAAGAUCCCCUCAGAGCAGACUGGCUCUCUGCCUGACCCAUUUAAUGACAUAAGCUGUGGUGGUUGGGAGAUCACUGAGGAGCCUAGAGGACGUCUGUCUUUGUGGGCUGUCUCCCUGCAGGGAAGGGUGUGGUUCAGGGAUGGCAUCCACUACGUUAACCCAGAGGGCUCAGUCUGGGAGGAGGUGUCCACUCCAGGGGAGGUGGUACAGAUCAGCUGUGGUCCAGCUGACCUGGUAUGGGCAGUCCUGUGGGAAGGGCAGCUGCAGGUCAGAGAGGGCAUCAGUAGAGGCUGCCCUAAAGGCUCCUCGUGGGUAGUGGUCGAAUCACCAAGUCCAGAAGUCGGGGCUAUACAUGUAGCAGUGGGCGUCAAUGUGGUGUGGGCUGUGACUAAAGAUCAUAAAGUCUGGUUUCGUCGAGGUGUGAAUUCCCACAAUCCCUGUGGUUCUGGCUGGAUUGCAAUGGUUGGCGAGAUGGUGAUGAUCAACGUGGGCCUCAAUGACCAGGUGUGGGGGAUCAGCUGUGAGGAACGGGCGGUGUAUUUCCGGCAGGGUGUGACAGUCAGUGAGUUGAGUGGGAAGGCCUGGAAGGCUGUGUCUGUGCCCAGAGACAACGAGCGCUCUCACUCCAGUGCCAGCGCUAGCAGCCUGCAGAGUGCUGGUUGUUUCUUUGGUGGUGAGGUCCGUCUGCAGUCGCAGGCCUCUGUGAUGAGUGAUGUGGAUUCUGAAACAGAGAAAGCUGCAGAAGGAGCCCCUUCCAUCCUCGAGCCAGAAGAUGCCCCUAAACCCAGAAUCCCCAAAGUGACCAGCGACAGCUUCAUCUCUGAGCUGGUGUCUGAUCGAGAGGGUCAGAUCGGUAGGCGCGAGGGUCCUCCGGCUAUUGCUGAACCACCCAUCCCAGAGGAAGAUGGGGCAGAGGGCGAGACAGAGGGUAAAACAGCCCCAGCCCUGGUGCUUUCACCCAGUCAGUCUGGAGGACUGGACCCACAGUGGAGUAAUGUGGAUCUGGAAGAGGCUCAGACUCACCUGACCGUGGGGGCCGUUGCAGAAUCAGCCGAAACCUGCAGCCUGUCAUCUGUAGCCACUUUCAACCUGGGGAUGGAGGAGCAGUACGGGCCAGAUGAGCACCCGCUGUGGGCCUGGGUCAGCGGAGGGGGCUGUGCCAUCGACUCCCACUCACAGCUCAACUGGUUCAACUCCACUACAGGCUUGAACACAUCUAUGCAGGCCAUGUCACUGUCCAUCACACCUUCACAGACCGCAGCCUGGCGCAAGCAGAUCUUCGAACAGCUCAGCGAGAGGUCAAAGAGAGAAAUGGAAAAUUUCCGGCAUUAUGAGCAGGCUAUCGAACAGAAUGCUCAAACAGAAGUAAAUGCAAAUGUCCACAAAUCUGUUUGGGUGAAGAAGGGCACCAUGCAGUGGUGGAGAGACUGGAAGCCUCAUAAGUGGGUGGAUGUACAGUUUGCACUGGAGCAGUUCUCAGGAGCGGAGGGCAACAAGGACGGCAUCCUCUUCAUAUACUACACCUUUAAUGAGGAGAAGAAGUAUCUUCAUGCAUUCAUCAAUGAAGUGACCAUUCUGGUGCCAGUCCUCAAUGAAUCCAAGCACACGUUUGCCAUCUACACAGCAGAGAGGACCAAGCAGAGGUGGCCCAUCCGCCUCGCAGCCGCCACAGAGUUGGAGAUGUUUGACUGGCUGGCCCUGCUCAGUGUGUCCUGCUGCGACUCCCGAGGCAUCCACGGCCCACCCUCUAAACAAGCCAUCUGGUCUGUAACGUGUAAAGGAGACAUAUUUGUCAGUGAGCCGACGCCAAACCUGGAGGCUUCUCCGUACCCGACACCCUGUGACCAAAUGUUCUGGCGGCAGGUUGGAGGACACUUGCGUGUUGUGGAGUGUAACAGUCUGGGAGUGGUCUGGGGGAUCGGCUAUGAUCACACAGCGUGGGUCCACUCUGGGGGAUAUGGGGGAGGCUUUUUUCAAGGGCUCGCCAGCAGCACUGAUCACAUCUACACCCAGACUGACGUAAAGAGUGUGUACAUAUAUGAGAAUCAGCGCUGGAACCCCGUCACCGGCUACACUAAUAGGGGUCUCCCUACAGACCGCUACAUGUGGAGUGAUGCUUCAGGUCUUAAAGAGUGCACCAAAGCUAACACUAAACCCCCCUCCCCACACUGGACAUGGGUGUCUGACUGGGCUGUUGACUACAGUGUAUCAGGAGGGACAGACCGAGAGGGCUGGCAGUAUGCAGCUGAUUUCCCAGCGUCGUACCACGGUCAUAAAACUCUGAAGGACUUCGUCCGUCGCAGGCGUUGGGCCAGGAAGUGUAAGCUCACCACAACCGGUCCGUGGCAGGAAGUUCCACCCAUCCCUCUGAGUGAUGUCACCAUCCUUCCUUGUGGGCCGAAGAGCACAGUGGAGCAGGUGCCUCUGUGGGGCAUCAGUAACAAGGGGGACGUCCUUUGUCGCCUGGGGGUCACUUCACUCACUCCUGCUGGAACAUCAUGGCUUCAUAUAGGAACUGACCAGCCUUUCAAGUCCAUCUCCAUUGGAGGGGCGUGCCAGGUGUGGGCGAUCGCCAGGGACGGCUCAGCUUUCUACAGGGGGUCUGUGUCAUCCCAAAAUCUUGCAGGAGACUGCUGGUACCACAUUCCCUCCCCAAACAGGCAGAAGCUCAAACAGGUGUCCGUGGGUAGGACAUCAGUUUACACAGUGGAUGAAAAUGGAAAUCUGUGGUAUCGCCAGGGUUUGACUCCCAGCUACCCUCAAGGCUCUUCAUGGGAGCACAUCUCUAACAAUGUACGAAAAGUAUCUGUGGGGCCUCUGGACCAGGUGUGGAUCAUUGCGGAUAAGGUCCAAGGAAGUCACAGUCUGAGCUGUGGAACUGUAUGUCACAGGCUAGGAGUUCAGCCUAUGGAACCCAAAGGACAGUCGUGGGACUACGGCAUUGGGGGUGGUUGGGACCACAUCACAGUGAGGGGCAACGCCAUGGAGGCUCCACGUAUCCGCAUGCCAUCACUGACCGACAACGGCAACAAUGCCACAGGACCACGCAGCCCGCUGCUGAGCAGGGGGACGUCUGAACUGAACGGCAAUGCUGGGCAGAGAAUACAGGCAGUGUAUUCAGAACAGGUAGACAGGUACGCUUAACACAUUAGACUCAAACAAACAUCACAAACAAAACACAGUAUCACACAUCUGUUUACAGACUAGAUCAUGGACGACAAGAGUGUUCAAACAGACAGAAAUGAAACAGCACUGAGUAGCGCAUACAAGUUAGAUAUAUUAUUAUUUUUUUAAUAAAUAAGAAACAUUCAGUUCACUGAAAAGGGACCUGUGGGGACAUUUAUGUUACGGACACACAGCAGGUAAAAGUAGCCUAAAUUCAGAAAUAGAUUUUCUUUGUUGCGUGGGGAGUGGAAGAGUGUGAACAGAUAUUAAAAUCUAAUACACAUACAAAACAUGGCAAUGUGACUCAGACUGAACAGCCAGAUCAGGAUUCAGCCAACUUUUACAUGAAGAAAUUCACUACAGAAAAGGAAAAUGUAUGAAAGCAGUGAGGGAGGUUUUUCAGUGUUGGGAUAUCAAGGUAACAGACCACAUAAAUAUUUGGGGUGAUAUCUCUGAUCAAACAAUAUUAAAAGGCACAUUUCACAACCACUCUAUGUUUCAAAUAUAUUUAAAAAUAUAUAUAAAUCAAAGUCUGCAUUGUCAAAAAAGCCUAAAAUGCAAGGAGAUGUAUGUCUAAAAUGUUUAAAAUCAAAAACAUCAUAUUUGGGCCACAUUACCUGCUGUGUGAAUGUAGCUGUAGCCUUCAGGAGAUUAAGGACUGCAUGGGAAAUCAUGAAUUCAGUUGACUGUCAUUAUGAGCUUUCUGUCACGUCGCUGUGAAAUACAUGUGCAAUACUUUUUAGCCUUUAGACAUCGAUAGGGGAGUGUUUUCCUUUCUCAGGAAAUUUUAAGACUUCCUUAAACUCCCAGUAUAUGUUGCAUCUACUGUAACACUCAAAGGCAGCACAAGUAAGAGUUAUAGGAAUAUUUAUUUUUCAUCUUUUAAAGUUGUAUUAUGGCCAGAGCUACUGUGUUUGAUUGAUUGUUAUUGUCAUUUAAAAUAGAUUUUUAUGUUAGCAUUAUAAAGUGAAUGGUCAAUUAUAAAAUAUUGAUUUUAGGGCAUUAUUUAUAAUUACAGCUGUAAAUAUAAAGGAAAAAGGCUUUAUGGUAAAUGUCUAUAGAAAAUGUUGUAACGGGUAAAUGUUAAUAUAAAAGGUACAGUUUGUAUAGUUUUGCACCAUGUUUCUGUAUACAUUCCGUACUGAAAUGUGAGUGUUAAAGGCUUUUAAAGGAAAAGGCUUCUUCUUCUGUUUCUAACUCCCAUGAGUCAUUUGAUGUGAAAACUCCUAAAAAAAAAUUCCAUAAAAAAAAAAUUAACAAAGCUGCACUGUAAUUGUUAGGUACAUUAAAACACACACAAACACCUCUCAGUGUUGAUAUAUGCAUGGCCUGUGCCCUUUCAAUAAAUGUGGCUAUAAAUAAUGACGUUA